GGCGGGAGGAGGAGAGAGGAGCGGGGCCGGUGGCUCACCAGGAUCCGCUUGAAGAGGUGGUGGAAAAAUAAGAAACAAAAUGAAACCUUUCCAAAAGGUCUGUCUUUUCAAGAGCCUGCUUGCCAAUUGCUACUGUUGCAGCCAACUUGACAGCUGUCUUCUCCUUCCUGCUGCGAAGAAGAUAGGCUGUGUGGUGGGACUGCACAACCAUGGAUCUUGGAGGCCAAAGCCUUUAUUGGACACAACCAGAUUCACUCUGUCUUUUAACAGUUGGCACAGGAACAACCAUCAGGAUUCUCAAGCUUUAUGGAAGCAUGAGGCUGUGCAGAAGUAUCUGGAGAGUCUCAGCAAGGAGUACCAGCAGAUUAGUCAUCUGUUAAGUGCAGACUUAUUAAAUGGCUUUGAACAAAGAACCCUGAGGAGAAGAUCUGCCGAUCUGUCCCCCAUUGCAGCUGCGUUUCAAGAAAUCAAAGAGGCUGAAAGAGAAGCUCAGGAGUUAGAAGCAAUGUGCACAGAUCUAGACAGCAGAGAUGAGAAACAACUUCUAGAGCUUGCCUUAGAAGAGAAGGAAAGCCUGGAUAAAAAAAUGAACGUCUUGUGCAGAAAGCUUUUCCAGCUUCUAGUGCCAAAGGAAAAAUAUGAUAGAAGUCCUGUCAUAUUAGAAGUGACAGCUGGCAGAACAACUGGAGGGGACAUCUGCCAGCAGUUCACUAAAGAAAUGUUUGAGAUGUACCAGAACUAUGCCGACUACAAACGUUGGACCUUUGACAUCGUGAACUAUACGCCGGCUGAGAUAGGAGGGUUGCAUCAUGCUGCUGCUCAUAUUUCAGGAGAGAAUGUCUACAGGCAUCUGAAGUAUGAAGGAGGGACUCACCGAGUGCAGCGAAUCCCUGAGACGGGCAUGUCAUCAAGAAUGCAGCGUAUUCACACUGGGACAAUGUCAGUCAUUGUCCUCCCUCAGCCAGAGGAGGUUGAUGUUAAAGUGGAUCCCAAAGAUUUGCGUAUUGAUACAUUCAGAGCCAGAGGAGCAGGAGGGCAACACGUUAACAAAACUGAUAGUGCUGUGAGAAUUGUGCACCUUCCCACAGGACUGGCCGUUGAGUGCCAGCAGGAGCGGUCCCAGCAGAUGAACAGGGAAAUAGCUCUGCGGACACUGAGAGCUAAGCUGUACCAGCAGAUCAUGGAAAAGCAGAUCAGUCAAGAGCAGAGCGCCAGGAAACUGCAGUUGGGAACAAGAGCCCAGUCAGAGAGAAUUCGUACUUACAACUUCACCCAGGACAGAGUCACUGACCACAGGAUCUCAUAUGAUGCACGCAAUAUCAAGGAAAUUCUAAGUGGGAAAGAAGCACUGGAUAAGCUAAUCAACAGACUACUGGAGUUUGCAGAGAUAGAGGCUGUCACACGGUAUCUAGAAAAUUUGCAGGCUUUAGAAGGAGGAGGCUGAAGACCUCGAAUAGUGUUAGAAUUGUUGUGUUUGGUAACAGAAUAAAAUAGAUGUGUUUGUUAGAUGAUACACUGAUUAAAACCUAUUCCUCUGGUUUUCA